AUGAAUUUCAGCAGCAGCUCCAGUAAACUGCCACCUGGACUGGAGUACUUAAAUCAGAUAGAUCACAUACUGAUUCAUCAGCAAUUUGAGCUUGUGGAAGCUGUUACAGGUUUUGAAACCUCUAAUCAAUACAAAAUUAGGAACAAGUUUGGGCAGAAGGUUUACUAUGCAAUAGAAGAUUCUAAUUUCUGCAUCCGGCAUUGUUGUGGACACUGUAGGAGUUUCUCCAUGAAGAUCCUCGAUAACACAGGACAAGAAGUCAUCACUCUGAAGAGACCACUAAGAUGUAGCAGCUGCUGCUCCCCCUGCUGCCUCCAGAAGAUAGAAGUCCAGGCUCCUCCUGGCGUGCCAGUAGGUUAUGUUGUUCAGAACUGGCACCCGUGUCUGCCGAAGUUCACAGUUCAAAAUGAGAAGAAAGAGGAUGUUCUAAAAAUUACUGGUCCAUGCAUAGAGUGCAGCUGUAGUGGUGAAAUUGACUUUGAGAUCAAAUCUCUUGAUGAACAAAUUGUGAUUGGCAGGAUUUCUAAGCACUGGUCUGGUUUUCUGAAGGAGGUUUUUACAGAUGUUGACAACUUUGGAAUCCAGUUUCCUUUAGACCUUGAUGUGAAGAUCAAGGCUGUGAUACUUGGUGCUUGUUUCCUCAUAGACUUCAUGUUUUUUGAAAGCAAUGCAAUCAAGAAAACAAAAUUAUUUUGUUGUUAA